CUUUUAUUACUUUUAAAAUUAUUUAUUAAUUUCAGUAGCCACAAGAUACAGAUAAAAGAAGAAAAAGGAAGAGAAAGAGGUAAAGUUGAGGAAGAUGGAAAAUGGAAACAACAAUGCAGUGGCGCUUCAGAACACGCACGUCAAACUUCUCGCCUUCGAUCUCCUAUCCUUGACACAAUUUCCUUUCCGUUCUCCCGACGCCGCGACGUCGUUUCUCCGCAGAGGAAUCCCAAUCUCGCGCGUCGAAACCCUUGGCACUAUCACCCUGCUCCACCUCAAGCCCGAUAGACUCCUCCGCUUCGCCAUUGACGAUGGCACCGGAUGCGUCCCCUGCGUGCUGUGGCUUAACAACGCCAAUUCCCCCUCCGUCGUGCGCCGCCGCCGCCACGAGCUCGCCGCGCGCUUCGUCGAAGUGGUGAAGUUUGGAGCGGUUGCGAGGGUGAGGGGCAGACUGAGCCGGUACAAAGGCGGCGUGCAGGUGACCGUGUCGGACGUGGUGACGGAGAGAGAUCCGAACGCCGAGAUCUUCCACCGCCUGGACUGCAUCAGGUUGGCUCGCAACUGUUACAAUCUUUUGCCUUCACCUUCUUUAAGAGGAUAAUAGUAAUAUUUUUAUUUUUAUUAUUUUACUUUUUUUUUGUUAACUUGCUUAUGGAUUCUUUUUAUUGUAUGUAAUGUUAUAUAUCCAGAUAUUUCUAUUACCAUAUUUGAAGAAAAAAUGAAAUGGAUUUUGUUUGAUAAUUUC